AUGAAGAGAAAAUCGGUUUUCACCAAAAAGAAUGUCAUAAAGGCGCAAAACACGUUGGAUAAGUUUGGCAUUUUUAAGAAGGUGAACGUGAUGAAGAAGGAUCAGUCGGACAAGCAGAAACCAAAUGAAACAGACGACGAGAGUGUGGAUGCCAAAGGGGAAGGAUACACGGUUAAGGUGAAAAAAGAAAUCCAUGACGAUAGGGAGAAUGAAAAAAGGAAUGAUAAUAUGAUCAAAAGUGAGCACAGCACAGACGGGCCGCCGUUGUUCAGGGUUAAGGUAAAGUUAGAAAGUCAUUCGUCCUCCAAUAGAACCCAGGAGGAUACAAAAGAUCCCUUGGGGAAACACUCUCGUGGGAGGAGCGAAAGGGGGUGUCGCAGCAGUGGGGGAGAAGGCGAUGAGGAAGACAACAGGGGGGAUAAUGACGAAAAUGACGAAAAUGACGAAAAUGACGACAGUGGUAACCCUGGAAAACACGGACACAGUGGUAACAAGAGAGGAGGGGACGAUUCCGACAUGCAAUACAGCAAAGACAGGAGGGAUAAAAAGAAAAGAAAAGAAGAUAACACCGGCGAAAGCAACACCCCCUUGCACAAGCUAUACCAACCAAUUUAUAAGGAAGACUAUAUAAACGAAAUUCGAAGCAAGAGAAGUCCAUUGCUCACUACCAUAUUGGAUGAUGAUUUAAAUUUUAAUUUAAUUUUGUGUGGACCUCCAGGAUCGGGAAAGUCUUCCCUAGUAAAUGUUAUAAAAAAUAAAACCAACAAUUUGUUCAUCUCACUUUUCCACCUGAACAACUUAAAUAAUGAGCUCAGAAAAAUAUAUGACCAGUCAGUUAUCAAUUACAAAUUAUCCAAGAAGAGAACCAUUCUGUGCAUAAAAGAUAUAAAUAGGCUGAAUAAAAAUCAGCAAGAAAAUUUAUUGCUAAUUUUGAAGAAAGGUUAUUUCUAUCUCCUCGCCACAUGUCUUUUCAACCCCAUGAAUAUUUUAAAUGCUUCCCUAAGCUCGAGAUGCUUGUACUUAUAUCUGAAUGCGUAUGAUAAAAUAGAACUGGCGUUGAUUAUCAAAAGGAUAAUUAACAAGCUUAACAUUGACAUUGAGGACAAUGCCUUGAACAUAAUAAUGAACCACUCCUGUGGGGACGCUCGGGUGGCCAUCAACAUGAUCGAGUUUACUAUUAGGAAUAUGGAACGCGAGGAGCAGAAGGAAAGGGAGAGGGAAAAAGAGAGGGAUAAUCAAAACGAUAUGGAAAAGGAUAGUCGAAAUGACAUUGAGGAAGAUAAACGAAAUAUGCAAAACUCGGAGGAAGCAAAAUUAAGUUGCGAUAUGAUUACGAAGCAAUUAAAAUUGAACGACUUCAGCAAUCUGCACAAAUGGGCAUCGUCCACACAGACUGAAAAAAAAGUUAUUCAGCUAACUAAUAUAAAAAAUUUUUUGCAAAAUUUUCCAUCGAACGAUAACAAGCUAGACCAUUUUAAUUUCAUCUCUGGAUUACACAAAAGUAUCAGAGCUGGAAAUGUCAAAGCAGCUAUUUUGUACUUAACAAAAUCUUUGAAGAACGGGGAAGAUCCGUUAUACAUUUGCAGACGGUUAAUUCGAAUAGCCUCUGAGGACAUCGGGUUGGCAAACCAUGAGGUGCUGUCUAUUUGUAUAAACACACAUUAUGCAUGCAAGGCUAUAGGGAUGCCUGAAUGCCAGACGUCGCUAAUAUACGCCGUCAUUGUUUUAUGCAAAUCUUCCAAAAGUAACUACAUUUAUGUUGUGGAAAAUAACGCCAAGCAAAUUUGCAAUGAGUACAGAUUUGACGUACCUUAUCAUUUGAGGAACACGUCCAACAGGUACGUUUACACAAACCAGCCCGAAAUUCUCACCUUCGAGGAACAUUUGAACAAGUACAAGGAUGUGCAGAAAUAUUUGCCCGACUAUAUAGACAAGUUGGAGCUUUUGCCAAAGAUAUGA